UUCUUUGUUUUCCUUUUCAUCUGAUCACUUCGUUUCCUCUUCCCUUGUGAUCUUCCUAUUUCCUGCAUGAUCGAUUAUUCAUGGCUCUGGAAUUAGUGGGCGGAGCUUUCCUCUCUUCAUUUAUCUCUGUUUUGUUUGACAGACUUGCCUCUCGUGAAGUAAUUGACUUCUUCUCGAAACAGAAAGUCAACUAUGGAUUGCUCAAGAAGUUAAAGAUGAAGCUGAUCUCCGUGAAUGGGGUGCUCGACGAUGCAGAGGAGAAGCAAUUCAGAAACCCAAAUGUGAGGGAGUGGCUCGGUGAGCUUAAACAUGCUCUGUACUUUGCAGGGGACUUGCUCGAUGAGAUCAACACAGAAGCUCUACGUAGUCAGGUACACUGUCUCAGCUCUACUAAUUCAUCAUGUGAAUUCGACAAAUCUAUGGAGCACAAGUUAUUGGAGACUCUUGAGAGAUUAGAACUUCUUAUGAAGGUAAAAGAUGAGUUUGGUUUGAAAGAAAGUUUUAAAGAUACACUACAACCAGCCAGAUCACUUGAAUUUUCUUCUUUGGUAAAUGAUUUUGAUGUGCAUGGAAGAAAUGAUGACAAGAAGGUCAUCGUUGAUCUGUUGUUGUCUAACAAUGCAAGCGAUGAUAAGAUAACUGUAAUUCCUGUUGUGGGAAUGGGUGGGAUUGGAAAGACUACUCUUGCUCAGCUCGUAUACAACGACGAAAGAGUGAAGCUACAUUUUGAUCUCCGAGCAUGGGUUUGUGUAUCUAUAGAAUUUGAUGUUCUCAGAAUAACACAAAAACUGUGCGGUUCAAUUACUUCACAAUCUUGUGGUGUGACAGAGCUUGACCUACUUCAAGUUAAACUGAAGGAACUUUUGACGGACAAGAAGUUUCUCCUUGUUCUAGAUGAUGUUUGGAAUGAGAAUAAUAUCGACUGGGAUGUACUAAAGCGUCCAUUUGAAUCAGGAGCACAAGGGAGUAAGAUCAUUGUCACGACACGGAAUGAAGGUGUUUCUUCUGUGAUGGGUUCUGUUGCAAGUCACCGUAUGAUGCAAAUGUCUGAGGAGGAUUGCUGGUUGUUAUUUGCAAAGCAUGCGUUCAAAAAUGCUGAUGUGCUGAGGUCAAAUCCAACUCUUGAAGUAAUCGGAAGACAGAUUGUUGGAAAAUGCAAAGGCCUUCCUUUAGCUGCGAAGUCACUCGGGGGUCUCUUACGCUCAGAAUUGAGCAUUGGGAAAUGGGAAAAUAUACUCAAGAGUGACUUAUGGGACUUGUCAGAUAGGGAGAUGAACAUUCUGCCUGCUUUAUGGUUGAGCUACCAUCAUUUGCCUUCACAUCUGAAGCGUUGUUUUGCCUAUUGUUCAAUAUUUCCCAAAGGUUACGAAUUUAAAAGAUCAGAGUUAGUCUUCUUGUGGAUGGCAGAAGAUCUCCUACAAUCGAAAAGUAAGAAAAUAUUGGAAGAACUUGGAGAGGACUACUUUGAUAUCCUAGUGUCAAGGUCGUUUUUCCAACAUUCAUUUGAUAAUUAUCGCCAUGAAGCAAUUUUCACCAUGCAUGAUCUCAUCCAUGACUUGGCAAAGGUUGUAUCAGGGGAAUUUUCUGUUACUUUUCAUGAAGAAGAAGAACCAGCCAACAUUGUAAGCAAAACUCGUUACUUUUCAUAUAUGAAGACAAGUGACAAGGGCUUUGGGAAGUUUGAGGCUUUAUAUAGAGCCAAGUAUCUGCGGACCUUCCUACCAUUCCGACCACAUUCUCCACAUGAAUACUUUCCAAUGUCGAAAAAGGUUCUGUAUGAUUUAUUGCCAAUGCUUCAAUAUUUGAGAGUGCUCAAUUUGUCAGACUAUGAUAUUAAGGAGUUGCCUGGUUCAAUCUGCAACUUGAAACAUCUAAGGCAUUUGGAUUUGUCUCGCAGUUCUAUUGAAAAAUUGCCUGAUACACUGUGUAGCUUGUAUACUUUACAAACAUUAGUGUUGCGGAAUUGUGGAGCUAUUUCCAUGUUACCAAGCCAUUUUGGGAGACUAAUCAAUUUGCGCCAUCUUGAUGUUCGAGGGACAAGGUUAGAAAAGAUGCCACCAAACAUGGGUAAGCUGAAAGAUCUGCAACUUCUAACUGAUUUCAUAUUAGACAAGCAUAGUGGUUAUAACAUUGCAGAGUUAAAGGAGCUUCAGGCUUUGCGCGGAACACUUCAUAUAUCAGGGCUGCAUAACAUUAUCCAUGCUGGAGAUGCUGUGAAGGCCAAUAUGAGGAACAAGAAGAAUCUCACUGCGCUAAUCUUGAAAUGGGGAGAUAAUCUUUCUCAACUGAGAAUUUGGGGAUGUCCUUUGCUUGCAGAACGAUGCCAGAGAGAAAAGGGUGAAGAUUGGCAUAAGAUUUCUUACAUUCCUCAUAUAACCAUUGAUGGAUAUGAAAUAUGAUCAAUGUUGAUUCUACCAGGACGCCAGGAAGCCAACCUGCUAGAAGCCAGGGCUGCCAGGAUAUGCAGACUACAGCACUUAAUGGAGGUUGUUAUCGCUGUCAUAUACAUUGGAUGCCUUAAUGCUCUCAGAUCGAUCGGAUAAGCUUUCAAGUCGACUAGUCGAGGAUCAUUUUCCACAUGUAUUUAUACCCUAUAUUAUCCACAUGUGUCUUGGAAUUUUGGAGGUACCCUAGAUCCCUAGAUAGAUAAAUGA